AUGGAGUGGAUGAUGCGAAAGACCAAAACGAAGAAGAAGCCGCCUCGAUUGGAGCGACUCAACGCCAAAAAGAACAUCAGUUACCAACUCCCCGUCACCACCACCGUCCCAUCUCCAACUCCAUCUCCCUCCGACGAAGAAACCAGUCUCCGUGUAUUGGGAAUCGACGGCGAAUUUGACCGUAUCUUUCAGAGUUUGGGCCUUUCUGGUCCUGAGGAUUUCUCUAUCCCAACGCAAGAUUGGGAAGCGCGGAAGGUUCGCUCUGCUAAUCUUGCUUCAAUUUCAGUUUCUGAGGAUUCUGCUGUUGUGAUUGUUGGGGAUUCUCCUUCUUCUUCGGGGGAACAUGGUGUUAGGGGUGUUGUUGAUCCGCUCAGAAACGGUGAAAGGAGUGUGCUUUUUACCGAUUCGGGUUCUUUCACUACUUCGCAUGAUUAUGAUAGUGAUGGUGGUGGGGAGAGAACGGUGUUUCCUUAUGGGUGGCUUAAACCCACUUUUUCUUCGUGGCAAAAGGGUGCCAUUCUGGGAAAGGGUUCUUUUGGAACGGUUUAUGAAUGCCUCACCGAGGAUGGAUACUUUUAUGCGGUGAAAGAGGUGUCUUUGUUGGAUGAUGGUAACCAGGGAAGACAAAGCAUUUUCCAACUUCAGCAGGAAAUAUCUCUUUUGAGUAGGUUUCAACAUGAGAACAUAGUUCGAUAUUAUGGCUCAGACAAGAAUGAAAGCACACUGUAUAUAUUCCUUGAGCUUGUGUCAAAAGGGUCAUUAGCCAGUCUUUAUCAAAGCUAUCACCUAAAUGAUUCUCAAGUUUCUGCAUACACAAGACAGAUUUUAAAUGGCUUGAAGUAUCUUCAUGAAAAUGAUGUGGUCCACAGGGAUAUCAAGUGUUCUAAUAUACUGGUUGAUGUAAAUGGUUCAGUCAAGCUUGCCGAUUUUGGGUUAGCAAAGGCAACAAAAUUAAAUGAUGUUAAAUCCAGCAAAGGCUCCCCAUACUGGAUGGCUCCUGAGGUUGUUAACUUAAGAAACCAAGGUUACGGGCUAGCGGCGGAUAUAUGGAGCUUAGGAUGUACGGUUUUAGAGAUGUUGACGAGGCAGCCACCUUACUCUGAAUUAGAAGGAAUGCAAGCAAUAUUUCGGAUUGGUAGGGGUGAACUUCCACCGAUUCCUGAAUCUCUAUCUAAUGAUGCCCGAGAUUUCAUUCUUAAAUGCUUACAAGUUAACCCAAGUAAACGCCCAACUGCAGCUCAGCUAUCAAAUCAUCCAUUUCUAAGGAGACGAUUAAGUGCAGGUUCUCCACGUAUUAAUAGUAUUGUUCAGCCUUAA